UCAGCACUAGCCAAUUCCUCUAUCCCUGCAUAGGACCGUUUGGGGGCCGCUCUCAAUAAGAAUGCGCAUGCCGUGCCGCCUCAGUCGCGUUUCUUCUCUUUCCUCCCAUCCUACAGUAUAUUACUGCAGCCUUCAGAAGACAUUCGUUGCUUCAGCCUUUCUUUAAGAAACUCCUCCCACAGUCGUCACUCUUUACCCAAUCUUUGCUUUUGUAAAGCUACAUAAUAUUCCUUCGAUAUCCCAGCGAUAAUCUAAUACCCACACAACCAAAAACCAAACAAACACCAUGUACUCCAAGGCUACCAUUGUCUCCAUCUUCGCUGGCUUCGCCGCCGCCCAGAUCCACCCUGCCGUCGGUGACCCAAAGGGUAACCCCAUCACCCGUCCCUUGAACGAGGUUGUCCCCAAGUGCGAGCCCUUCACCAUCACCUGGGAGCCCACCACCCCCAACUCGGUCUCGGUCCUCCUCCUCAAGGGCCCUGCCACCAACGUUGUCAAGUUCGGACCUUCUCUCGCCGAGGGCAUCAAGAACAGCGGCAGCCUGACCUGGACCCCCGCCGCUGACCUCCCCAUCACCGAGGCCAACCAGGGCUACGGACUCCAGAUCAUCGACGAUGUGACCGGCCAGUACCAGUACAGCACCCAGUUCGGUAUCUCCGCCGGCAAGUGCGGUACCGUCUCUUCGUCUGCUGCUCCUUCCGUUGCGCCUUCGUCUGCUGUUCCUUCCGUUGCGCCUUCAUCUGCGCCCGCAGCAGGUUACCCUGCUUCGUCUGCUCCCGCUGGUUACCCUGCCCACACUCCCGUUGCGCCUUCUUCGGUCGCCUCUGUUGCUCCUUACCCCACUACCAUGGCUUCUGCCCCUGCGGCCGUCGGUACCGGUGGCCUCUACCCCAACGGCACUGUCCCCAAGCCCACUGGCGGUAACAGCACCACUCCUCCUCUUCCCGAGCAGACCACCAACGCCGCUGCUGGUCUCUCCGCUGGUCUCGGCCUCGUCGGUGCUGCUGCCGCCGUCGUUGCCUUCAUGCUCUAAGCAUCUUCGCUUUUUUUCUCUCCUUCAAUUGUUGCCUCGAGGUUGCGAAAGAUGAGGUUGCUAGUACCCGCUGUGUUCGUUGACUAGCAAAAGGGAAAAAUUCUUUGGUUAAUGGAAUGAUCGCUUAUACCACUCGUGUUUAUUAUUGGCUUUCUCGUUCUGGUGGGAUGGUGUCGCUCUGCGUUGUUGAUUUGAACAUCACACGCUGUUGUGGAUAUCGACAGAAAUAUAUUAGCUUUUGGCUGAUUGCAUAAACUGAGAGUCUUCUGAGUGCCACUUGUGACAUUGUCGUUUGAAGAUGUGCAGUUAAGCCUCGUAUUUGCUUUUGUGACCGAGCUCCACAACCCUCUUUCUGCAACUAUGGACCCCCCCAACCCAACCCAACCCAA